UUCAUUAUCGGCCUUCCCUGGAUAUCCUGUUUUAGGGAGAUAGCGGAGAACCUUGGGAGGUCUUGAGAAAAUAGGCGUAUUUCAUGCAACAUCUGUCUUAAACUUGACACUAUUCUUUGAAUUCUGUCUGUUAAUAUACCCGUGUCGAGAAAAAUACAAUGAUCCGCUUCAUCCUGAUCCAGAACCGCGCCGGGAAGACGCGGCUGGCCAAGUGGUACAUGCAGUUCGACGACGACGAGAAGCAGAAGCUGAUCGAGGAGGUGCACGCGGUGGUGACGGUCCGCGACGCCAAGCACACCAACUUCGUGGAGUUCCGAAACUUUAAGAUCAUCUACAGACGCUACGCUGGCCUGUACUUCUGCAUCUGUGUGGAUGUGACUGACAACAACCUGGCCUACCUGGAGGGCAUUCACAACUUUGUGGAGGUUCUGAACGAGUAUUUCCACAAUGUGUGCGAGUUAGACCUGGUGUUCAACUUCUACAAGGUGUACACGGUGGUGGACGAGAUGUUCCUGGCGGGAGAGAUCCGGGAGACGAGCCAGACCAAGGUGCUCAAACAGCUCCUCAUGCUGCAGUCACUGGAGUAGCCCCGCCCCCUCUCCUCAUCAGACCGCCUCCCCCCGCCCCUUCCUCGCAAUUUCACAGCAACUCUCCCGGAAGCCCUUCCUUUCACUGCUCACUCACUGGAGCCGGCUCCACCCUGUCGACAAGAAAUUCCAAUUUAUGUGACCCCUCCCUCUUUUCAGGAGUCUCCGCCCCUUCCACCAUAAUACCAGAUGCAGGGGCUGCUGUUAACUCUACUUGUGAUGUCAUAAAAGGUCUGAUUGGGUGGAACUCUCCCCUUGUCUGACACUACCGCUACUGACAAGCAACUGAGCAUGAGAAAUGCCAGCCUGAACACAUAGAGACCUAACUAGCUAUCAGAAUUAAACAGAAAGUGUAUGACUAGUCUGAUAUUGUCGCCCUCUAUAAUUACAGAUUCCACGCCCAGUCAGGAACUGGCUUAGAGAUCACAUGACUGAAAGCCCAGGUGACACUGAGACACUCAGACAGGACAUAUGAAGUAAGCUUUCAAUGUGUAGAUUCCGAUUGGCUCAGUCAUGUCACUUGGAAAUGGUGGUUCAGCCAAAAACAAAUGCCUUUCUUUUGUUUAAAAACAAAAAAUCUUUCCCCCUGGCUGGGCGAUGGCUGGGAAGUGGCGACCUCAGAGGUCAAAGUUCAGGCUGCAGCCAUUUUGUUGAGAAGGAAAAAAGGUUGAGCAUUUCCAUGCCUCAGCAGCUGCUUGUCAGUUCUCCCAAAAAGUUUUCCUCACAUUUCAGAGAGAAAAAAAGUGAAAGUGAACAUGAAUUACUUAAUGAAAUAUAUUGUGCUUUUAGUAUUGUGAAGUUAUGUUUGUAUUGUGUACAUAUAUUUGUAAGUGUUUUAUGUGGAUGGUGUGUUGAGUUCUGGAAUCCUCCUUACUUUUCUCAGUCUCCAUCUCAAGGACUCCUGCUCCAUAAGAAAAUAUGUAAUGCAUUAAUGACAGGUUGCCACAGAGCCAUUGCCAAAAGUAUGAAUCAUCACGCAGAUAAAUUUCUCUCUGUGCCAGAGGGAUUAUUUCCAUAAGUCACACCUCGCAUAAAGGCACACCUCGUUAUAGGCCGCUCUCUCUGCUUAAAGACGGGUGUGACUGAGGCAGCCGACUACACAUAGCCUUCGCUGCCGUAUGGAGAGAAUACACAGUGAUCGAAAGCCUGCAGGAACGCCCUGCUUCAGGGAAGGGGGGGGGGGUGGCCCAUGAAUUUUGCCUGGCAGGGAAUGUCGGUGAAGAAAGAACCUGUAAAUAAAGAAGCAGGUGGUGGAACUUGCACACUUGUCCUCUUGCAGCACUAAAUAAAUCCCCCCUCUUAGGUAAACUCGGGAGGGGGAAGGGGGGGCGCUUUGUUUUGUGUGAAACUGCCAUGCUGUAAUACUGCACCAGCAUUGGCUGCCAGUGUAAAUUUAUUGGCUGUAAUUGCUGCAUUCAAACUACGUCCCUAUGUUCCUCCUCAAAAAGCACCUCUAUUGAUUUGAUCGUAUUUCUGUCCUGAAGACUCUCGUUCGUGAUGCUGAGGUGACUUGUCUUGUUUGGGGGGGGGGGGGGUAUGGAGUGGGAGCAGCAGUGUUUCUGGACGUCCUGCUGGUGUCCUUCGGAAACUAUUUUCAUACAUGCUCAAAGAUUUUCCAAAUACAUGGACACAAUGCCCCUGGAACGGGUGAGAAACUAGUCAUGAGGUGUGAUGAAAUGUAAUGACCUCAUAUGUCAUCACAUCAUCCAAAAUGCGGUCAUCAAUCCUGUGUUACUUAGGCAACCUGCUGUCUGUGUGUGUUGGACUGAAUAAAGUAAGAGAUGUAGGAGCCAGAAAAGGCCAGUGGAGUGGUGGAGAAAGUCACGUGACCAGGUGGGGGGUGGUUGCCCAUUUUCCCAGUCUUAAUGAUCCCAUCCUAAAAGGAGCCAUUGCCUUUGCACACCUCCUCUUUAAAGCAUUCCAGUAUGGAGCAGAUGGCCGGACUCUGCAGGACCCCAGCCCUGCUGCAUAAGCCGUCCUCAGCUCUGCCUGCAUGGAAAUCGGGCUAUUUAAGUUUGUUAAAUGAUCAAAAACUCCUGGCCGAAGUACUAGCAGACACCACCUCGGCAUAGAACACGUGUACACAUGCACGUAGUGGUGAUGCGUCAUCACGGGCGCGUCAGUGAGUCACCUGCUGCAGCAGUGAAGUGACCCGCACGCCUUCGCUAGCGCGGAGCCCAGGGUCAGCUAAUUCAGCCAGCGUGCUCGCUAGCCCGUUUCUGCUGUCCAAUCGCCACAGGGCCUGGCUGCUACCAUCCAAUCAGAUGCCAAAACGAGUGCUCGCCCUUUUCCUGUCAUGGGUGGAGCCCAGAAACGCGCUGAGGCUGUGGGUGCAGGGCUCCUGUCGCGUCUGCCGCUCGUUAUCUUAAAAAGGGGGGCAGGGCCUAGUGGUUAUUUUAGAAGCGUUUAAAUAAAAAUUAUUUUUGAGUUUGUAAAACGUUACGCAAUUUUUCUUUUUGCUAAAAUAAGAAAUGCAGCACCGCAGACAUAUCCCUUUGUGUCCUAAGGUGUGUGUGAGAUGGUUGGCGUCCGUGUGUGUGUGUGUGUGUCGUUAUGCUGAUUACCUUGUUGCAGAAUCCCCCCACCAUUUUAUUCCAGUCUACAUGUAUAUAUAUACACAAAUGGAAUUAAAGUGUACUCUCAGUA